GGAUAUGUUUUGAAUAACAAUGGCGGAGUACAUGUUACCGUCUCCUGCUCUAACGCUGACUUUUCUUUGUUCACUCUUACCUCAAAUUUGUGGAACGGCCGCCAAAGACCUGAAGUGGGAUGAAAAUGGAUAUGUGUUGUACUGUCCGUGCAUGGGUCGCUUUGGGAACCAGGCCGACCACUUCUUGGGUUCGCUGGCUUUCGCUAAGAUGUUAAACCGAACCCUGGCCGUCCCUCCGUGGAUUGUUUACUAUCAUCACAGGCCCCCUUUCACCAAUGUCCAUGUUCCAUACAGCGAGUUCUUCAAACUCGAGGCCUUGUCAGCGUACCACCGCGUGGUGGCUUUGGAAGUCUUCAUGAAGGAGCUGGCUGACAAACACUGGCCCACAGGACAGAGGAAAGCCUACUGCUUUGAGGUAGCAGCUCAGCGGAGUGCAGACAGAAGAUCCUGUCCCAUGAAGGAUGGGAAUCCUUUUGGUCCGUUCUGGGACUAUGUCGGCGUGGACUUUGAGGAGUCUGUUUUGUUUAGUGGUAUUUCCUUUAGUGCGUACCAUCAGCAGCAGUGGUUGAAGAAGUUCCCAUCCAACGAGCACCCUGUCCUAGCCCUGCCUGGAGCUCCGGCCCAGUUCCCGGUGGUAGAAGAACACGUUAGCCUGCAACGUUACGUCGUGUGGUCAGACAAGAUGGCGGCGGAGGGGCAGAGGCACAUCGCUACCCACCUUACUCGGCCGUACGUUGGCAUUCACUUGAGGAUUGGCAGUGAUUGGCAAAACGCCUGCAAAUUGCUGAAGAGCAGCGAAGUGGGGCCUCACUUCAUGGCCUCUCCUCAGUGCGUGGGCUACAAGCGGCAGACGGCGCUGCCCCUCACCGCCGUCAUGUGCCUGCCCGACCUGGCCGAGAUCCGCAGAGCUGUGACGCUCUGGGUGAAGAAGACGGCGGCGCGCUCCGUCUACAUCGCCACCGACUCGGAGUCCCACAGCAGCGAUAUCGAGAAGCUCUUUAAGGGGAAGGUGAAAGUGGUGAGCCUGCAGCCUGACUCCGCACAACUGGACUUGUACAUUUUAGGCCAAGCGGACCACUUUAUUGGAAACUGCGUGUCAUCCUUUUCAGCUUUUGUGAAGAGAGAAAGGGACGUGCACAACCUUCCCUCCUCCUUUUUUGGCAUGGACCAUCCGGGGCAUGGUGAUCCAGUCUGCACUGGUACUCAGUGUGGAUCAGUAAUGGUACAGCAACACCACUCGGACAAUCAACACUGUAGCAACCCCAAUUUGCCUCUCUCCUCGAGCUGCGGCGAAGACGGGAGCUAGAAACUGUGGCAGAGAAAACUCAACGCCGAUACAAAAGGGCAAACACUACAAAUUCCCACAUUGCAAAUAAAAACAGUCACGACGGAAGUGACACAAACAGUAGAACUACCUUUGAUAGCUCUAAAGCUACCGUGACACUGUAAAGCAGAUAUUCCUACCCACUUGAUGUGUGACAGAUCAUUAGGUAUACGAUUUCGCUUCAUAGCUCUGAAAAUUGCCAAUAAUGUAUCUUUGCUCAUCUCCAGUAUCUACGACAGUGACAUGUCCUUCCACUAGAUGGCAGAACAUGCAGUUAGCCUGUGUAUCCACCUUUGGUUAUUCACUUAGAAUGCAAUCAUAGCUUUGUGUUCAAUCCACCACACCGAGAUAUCACACUUACAUACAUUUGUUGGUGAAUUGACACGAGAUCAUCAAUAUUUCAGUAUAUAAACUUUUUCUUUGGUGGUGUGACUGUUCUUUAUGUAAAAUGUAUGCCUCGGCUCCAAGGAAUGGCAACAAAGCUUUAGUCCAGUCAAAUGUCCAUCCAUCCAUUAUCCAAGCCGUUUAUCCUCACAAGGGUCACGGGAAAGCUGGAGCCUAUCCCAACUAGCUCCAGGCGAAAAGAAGAGUACAUGCUGAACCGGUUGACAGACAGUCACUGAGCGGGUCUCGAUACCACACUGCCUGUAGCAAAGGCAGGCAUGUGUACCACGACACCAUCAGAGACUACACAGUCAAAUGUGUUUUGACAAAAAAUUCCAAUAAUCCUCAGUUUCACGCUUUUAUGUGAUAUUGUAAGCUUCCAUGUAACUCAAGAUGGUAACCAAAACAGCAGGAAUUUUAUUUUUAGAAAUUAUACAUCACGGGAAGCUAUACGUGUCAAUCAAAAGCACAAGUGCAUUUAAAAAAAAAAGAAAAUAUUGAAAUGAAAUUAAUUCCAAUAAUUCAGUCAGGGGAUGAAUUUUACGUUAAAUAGAUUCAGAUCGUGAAAUAAUGUUUAUAAUUAAGGCUUCCAGCUAAAUCUAAAAUUUACAAUCUCAGGAAUUUUUACAUUACAUUCAAUGUUGUGACCUUUGGCCUUGUCCUUGAAAUAAUUCGUAAAUUGGGUAAAAAGAAAGGCCUUCUGGAAAUAUUUUCCUAUUCAUUUAUAAUAUAUGAGUUGUUUAAAUGUGUUUUUCCACUGAUUGAACAUAUUUUGAGAUGCACCUGUAUGUUUUUGUAAUAUUAAAUUCAUUUUUAAAUUAAGCACAAAAUGGGGAAUAAACGAUUUAUAGCAACAGGAGAAGACGAGCCGCUAGAUGGCACCCUAAACUUAGACGUGUGUGCGUGUGCCUUUUAAAAGCACACUUUUCUUUCUUCUUACAACCCUGAGGGCCCUAAUCUGUCAGGGCAAAAUUGUAUACCUUUAUACCGAUGUUUUGGCUUCAUAAAUACUAGGCCGGCAAAAAUAUGAUGAUGAAAUAAAUUUUAUUACCUCUUUAUUACGGUGUUAUUGAAGGCGUCCACACCCUCACCAGCGGCCGCCGUCUGAAGCGUUGCUGUGGACUCGCCUGCAGACGCUGGGGCCUCUACAUCAAAUAUUCAUCCCCUACAAACUCGAGGCUUGAAUAAUUCUCAAAGAAGUGCACCCACAGACGGCCCCUUUCAUCCCAGGCUUACCUGGACAAUGGAAGCAAGGGUGCGGCAAGAUGCUGGGUGGAGGCGGGAGUAACUCUGGCUAGAAACACACCCAAAACAAAAAAACAAACAAAAAAAAAAACCUGAAAAUGUUUUGGAUGAGUUUGUGCGGUCAACAAAAUGCAUGGAAAGAGACAACGGAAUGUGUUAAUGCUAUGUCAUGUAGGCCUGCAGUUCGAUACCGUACAAAAGUCCUCGGCCACCGUUGGGUGUAUCCACAGGUGUCAAACUCAAGGCCUGGGGGCCAAAUCUAACCAGCCACAUCAUUUUAUUUGGCCCGUGAAAGCAAAUCAUGAGCAUCGACUUCAUAUUCCUUACUACAAUAUCUGUCUAUCCAUUUUCGUUGCCGCUUAUACUCACAAGGGUCGCGGGGAGUGCUGUAGCCAAUCCCAGCUGUCAACGGGCACACCCUGAACUGGUUGCCAGCCAAUCGCAGGGCACAUGGAGACAAAUAACAGUUGCACUCCCAAUCACACCUAAGGGCAAUUUAAGAGUGUCCAAUUAACGUUGCAUGUUUUUGGGAUGUGGGAGGAAACCGGAGUGGCCGGAGGAAACCCACGCAGGCACGGGAUUGGGAUUGAACCCGGGUCCUCAGAACUGUGAGGCCAACGCUUUAAAGCUGUUCCACAAUGCCCCCUAACUACAAUAACCAAUUUGCUAAUUAUUUUUAAGUUUAAUAACAUGGAGCUAUUACAAAAGUGUUUUUUUUAGUUAUCAAUGUGACUUUUAAAAUAACCUGAAUAAUAGUCGAACAAACAUUAUUUUACUGGUUUCUGAUUUUAAAACAGGCUAUCCAUUACUUUGUUGUGUAUAUGCGCCCAUUAUACAUUUAGUCAUGGUGGCCCUCUGACAGAAUCCCUAACUACGAUGUGGCUAUUUUACAA